GUGGUGCUGCCCGAUCAGCUUCUGGAGAGCGUAUUCAGCGGCUACUAUGAGAUCUACCUCUACGAGUUCGCGACGCGCGCCGAGGUGUCGGACGUCAACCGCUGCAUCUACAACCUCGGGACGCGCGCCGUGCUACUGCGCAUGCUGCAGGAGCAGACGCUGUUUGACGUGCGCAUGGCGUACGACAAGCGGCCGCGCAGCAACGGGGCCUGCGACUUUGAGUUGGUGCUCGAGUUCCACCGCCGCGCGACGCCGGCGAGCCCGAGGUACAGCACGCCGUGA